UUAGAGCCAGGGAGAGGAGGGCCGCCCAGGGCCCUUUAAGCAUCUCCCCUCCUACCAAGCUAAGCUCCCCCCACGGCGUCUGAUCCCGCCCCGGGGUCCCUGGCAGGUCCCGGAUUGGUGGGGAGGGUUGGUCCCUUUGAAGUGUGGCUGCUGAUCUGGGCUAUUUGACGUGUUGAUAGGGGAAGGGGAAGGUUUUUGUCUUACCGGGGCCGGUGCUGCUACUGCCGCCACCGCCCUGCUCAGCUCGGCAGCGCUGCGGAGCUCGCCCCGCAGCCCCCGGAGCUCGCCUCCCUCCCUUUCCCCUCCCCCCUUACCCUACCCCACCCCGCCCGGCUCUCUCCCCCUGCAGCCUUCUCCAAAUGAGCGGUUCGCCCGCUGGAUCUAACCCAAGGACAUCGCAGAGCAGCGGAGGGGAGAGCGCACCGUCCCCAGCAGCAGCAGCAGCCUGUCCGGCGCUCUCUCACCUGCCCCCAGCGGACCCCCUGCGCCAGGCGAACCGGCUCCCCAUCAGGGUCCUGAAGAUGCUCAGCGCCCACACCGGCCACCUCCUGCACCCGGAAUACCUGCAGCCUCUCUCCUCCACGCCCGUCAGCCCCAUCGAGCUGGACGCUAAGAAGAGCCCGCUGGCGCUCCUGGCACAGACCUGCUCCCAGAUUGGCAAGCCGGACCCGCCGCCUUCCUCCAAGCUCAACGCGGUGACCGCCAACGGGCUGCCCGGCGCGGACAAGGAGCCGGGUGCCCGCUCCUCCUCCUCCGCCCUCAAGCAGCUGGGCGGCGGCGGCGGCGGCGAUUCCCCGGCCGAGGACAAGUCCAGCUUCAAGCCCUACUCCAAAGGCGGCGGGGACCCCCGCAAGGAGGGCGGCUCGGCGGGCGCGGGCCCCGGCGCGGACAAGGCAGGGUUCCGGGUGCCCAGCGCCACCUGCCCGCCCUUCCCGCCGCAUGCGGCCGCCGCCUCCUCCCCGGGCGGCUCCCGGGGCAGCUCCCCGCAGCACGGAGACUGCAAGGGCCAGGAGGACAAGAAAGAACCCGAGGCGGUGGCCAAGCCCAGCCCCGAAGCGGCGCCGGGGCCCGGGGGCAGCGGCUUGAGCCGGGCCGGCGGGGGCGCAGGGAGCGCAGACACCGGGGCGCAUGGCGAGGCCGCCUCGGGGCGCAAAUCGGAGCCUCCGGCCCUGGCGCCCGCCGGCCACGUGGCCCCGGUGUCCCCCUACAAGCCGGGCCACUCUGUCUUCCCCCUGCCCCCUUCCAGCAUCGGCUACCACGGGUCCAUCGUUGGGGCUUACGCCGGCUACCCGUCCCAGUUCGUGCCCGGCCUGGAUCCUACUAAAGCCGGCCUGGUGAGCAGCCAGCUGCCGGGGACCUUGGGCUUGCCCGGCAAGCCGCCCAGCUCUAGCCCACUGACCGGGGCCUCCCCGCCCUCCUUCAUGCAGGGAUUAUGCAGAGACCCCUAUUGCUUGAGCUACCACAGCGCCUCGCACCUGGGCACCAGCAACUGCUCCAGCUGCGUGCACGACCCCGGCAGCCUGAAAAGCGGAUACCCCCUGGUGUAUCCCACGCACCCCCUGCACUCCGUCCACACCACCCUAUCCUCCAGCGCCACCCCGAGCCUGCCCAGCCACCCCCUCUACACCUACGGCUUCAUGCUCCAGAACGACCCCUUGCCCCACAUAUGCAACUGGGUGUCUGCCAGUGGACCCUGCGACAAGAGGUUUGCCACCUCGGAGGAAUUGCUCACCCACCUAAGGACCCACACGGCUCUGCCCGGGGCGGAGAAACUCUUGGCUGGCUACCCUACCUCUGGUCUUGGCUCUGCGGCAUCCUGCCACCUCCACCUCCCACCCACCGCCCCAGGGAGCCCCAACACUUUACCGGGAUCCCUGUCUUUGAGGAGCCCACACACUUUGGGACUAAACAGGUACCACCCUUAUGGCAAGAGCCACUUGCCCACAGCUGGUGCUCUGCCAGUGCCCUCCUUGCCAGCAGCUGGACCCUACUACUCUCCAUAUGCGCUGUAUGGCCAAAGACUAACUUCAGCUUCUGCGCUUGGAUAUCAGUAACUAAAGCACCCCGUCUCCUUGCCCUCCCCCGCUCUCCUUCCCUUCCUUGGACUGUGUAUUUAUUUACUGUAUGUUAGCUUAAAGCUGGGAAUAUUAAGUGCAUUAAUAUACCAAUGAAUCAAUGGUAGGCAAAAAGUCUGUGUCUAAAAAAAAAAAAAAAAUCCUUUCCUUUGCAGGUGUGGGGCUUUUCUUUUUCCUUUAUUUUCCCUUUUCUUUCUUCUUUUGAAAUUCUAUUUUAUUGUGUCCCCUCCCCAGGAAGUCCUUGCAUGGCCUCUUUUAACAAAUACAUUUCCCCUCCCUCGUUUUAUCAUUUUGAAAUUCCGUUUCUCUUUGUUUGUACAGUUAACAGAGAUGUAAUUUUUUUUUUGUAAUGUAUUUUGGGGAAGGGGCAACGGCGGUGGGGAGGGAGGAAGGGCAGCUGGGAGAACGUCUAUGGCAGUGCUACCCCAGAGCUCUCUUCAUCCCAAAAUGUGGCACUGUCUGCAAAAGCCACGGAGACCUACUGAUCGGGACAGUGGGUGGACGCUCCCUGCUUCUUUCUAUAGUUUGGAAAAGGACAUAGGAAGUGCCAUACUGAUUCAGACCAGUGGUCCUCCAUCUAGUCUGGUAUCCUGUCUCCUGCUCUCCCGUGGUUGGAAAAUCUGCCUUGCCUUCCAGCACCAGUGGGCUCCUGUACAGACCUAGAACUAGUCUACCAGUCAGCCUGGUCUCUGGACUCCCCUGAUAAUACUGAAGGAGUCCACUGAUGUCCUGGGAUAGGUGUAAUGGCUGUGCCACUGCAGAUGACUUGCUUUCGCUCGCUGAUCCAUCACAGGGCACCUGAUCAAAAUUAAAAGAUGUGGAUUAUGAAUUUGGUGUCCGUGACUCGCUGAUGGGGGCAGGGGAGAAGAGACCCUUCACAGCCGCAGAAAUAGCUAGGAGAGAGCCGCCCAGCCUGGUACAAACUGGGUCAUUUAAUCCAGCGCCCAGGGCCAAAUCCAUCUUGAUCUGAUUUCUACAGGCCCAGUCUACAUACCAAAAACCCCCAUCCCCAAACCCCAGCUUUUCUUGACCUACAGGAAUGAACCAUGAAUGGGGUGCAGAGCCUGCCCCCCUCCCAUCCCCAAUCUAACGCAGCAGGGAAGGCUGCGGAUCAUUUUGGGUGAAUAGAGCUCCAUCUUGGUAAGUCUUAUUUUGUUAAUAAAUGAAUACUUGGUUAUAUUCA